CUCACAUGACCAUGACGCACAUUCUCUGCGACGUCCACCGGCUAUCCAUGUGAAUGUCGCCUUUUUCAACUUGCGAGAUAAUAUUGAAAGCUCUCUCUCUCUCUCACUCACUCUCUCGCUCUAUCUAUUUCUCUCUCUCUCAUAAGUAGUGAUGAUGUGGUUGCCGCUUGAAGACUUGUGAGCUGACAGUGGUUUGCUAGGCCGACUGGUUGCAUAGAUGACAAUGAGGAUGUUGUGUCGCUUGGCCUGGGUAUUGCCCCGCUCCUCCAGAGGUUCCUCAGUUGCCUCUGCCCUCGUCCAGGCCUCUACAGCCCAGCCUGCAGAGCUGCUGUUCCCCCAGGCUGGAACCAGGCCUCUGGUGGCAGCAAGAGGCCUGUGUGACCGACACGGCUUGGCCAGAGAGGAAGAAAGCGGCUUUACGUUCAAGCGCACCCAGCUCGACGAGCAGGUCAGCAGCGCCAAAUCACCAGAGGAAGUGCUGCGACUGUGGAAGGCACACAGUGGCUCUGCCAACCAGGCCGCAAUGUGUCUGGCCCAAGUUAGCCGGCUGGCUCUGGAGAAGAGUGCUGAGGAGAGGAGGCAGCUGGUGAAUGACCCUAGCUGUGCCGCGCUCCUGAAUACAGUUAGCACUCAGGUUCCAUCAGUGUGGAACGGAACGCUGGUGAGCGCGCUCCGUGCCGCCUCCCAGCUGGACGUGCCCCCCGGAGACGCUGUGCUGCGCUCUCUCCAGAUGGAGGCGCUGUGGCGCGUGCGCCGCUUCUCCUACAAGCAGCUGGCCUUCCUGAUGGAGUGGGCGGUGUCGGAGCAGGCGCGGCUGGCGAGGCAGGGCCAGGGCCAGAGCCAGGGAGAGGCCCCGGGGCUGGCCAAUGAGCUGGCCAAGCAGCUGGAGCUGCGCUGGACGGAGCUGAGCGAGCCGAGGACAGUCAGUAUGCUGAUGGGCAGGGCCGCCCACCUACCGCCAACGCUUAUCGAGAAACUGGAGGAUAAGGCCCUGGAGCUGGCGGAGCACUUUGUGGCGGAGGACAUCCGCAGGGUGGCACAGGCGCUGGCGUCUCAGAACCGUCGGACGGUGCCCUUGCUCAGGGCACUCUCCUACCACCUGCUGCAGAGACCCUCCAAGGAGCUCAGCACCCCCCUGCUGCUGGACGCGGCUUACGCUUACGGUAAACUCAACUUUCACCAAACUCAGGUAUUCCAACGCAUUGCGGCCGAGCUGUUGCCUAGGACACCUGACCUGAGCUCAACUGAUGUGACACGCUGCGCCAAGUCCUUUGCCUUCCUGAAGUGGCUCCACCUGGCACUCUUUGAAGCCUUCACAGAGCACUACGUGGCCAACAGUGAGAAGUACAGCACACUGCAGCUAUGUAACCUACUCAUGUCUCUAGCGAAGCUCAACUUCCAGCCAAGCAAAGGAGAGGCCUUCUUCAGCAAGGUGCACUCUGCUCUGAAGGCGACCCUGCCCCGUCUGGAGCCCUUCCUGCAGGUGGACGUGGUGUGGUCCCUGUGUGUGAUGCAGCAGGCCAGACCGGAGUACAUCACCGCCCUCACACAGACCAGCCUCCAGGAGAAACUACCAGAAGGCAGUGCGGCCCGUGUGGAGAGCUACCGCGUGAAGCUGCUGCACAUCAUGAUGGAGGGGAGCCUGGGUGGACUGGGCUGCUGCGUCCCCACCGCGUCCUCUGAGCCCGCCCGCACGUCACCGCCGUCACCGCUACAGACGGCCCUCCACGCCGCACUCACAAGCCUGACCGACUCCAAGCCCAACACCCUGCGCACCUCCGUCGCCACCUGCUAUGGCUGGACUCUAGAUGGUGAGCUGAUUUUAGAUUCUGAGAAUAAGCCGAUCGAGCUGAAUGCUCUCACUGCCCCACACUUACCUGGAGGAGGCGGGGAUAAGCCCUUACCUGAUGGAGCACGAAGGAUGGGGUUUGUGGCGUGGGAGUUCCCUAACUUCAUUCUGAGAAGCAAAGAACUCCUUGGGCGCUUUGCGAUGCAGAAACGACACCUCCAGCUAGCGGGUUUCCUUGUUGUCGAGGUGCCAUACUAUGAAUGGCUGGAGUUGAAAAGUGAUUGGCAGAGGGUGGCCUACCUGAGGGACAAGAUGGGCAAGGCCGUGGCUGAAGAGAUGGCCAAGUGAGCGGACGUGACCGCAGAGCCUGCUUCACCUGACCAGGGAUCAGACCCGAGGGCUUCAGCACGGAGGAGUGACCCUGAGCACCGCCAUCAAAGGCCCCCAUCUACAGAAGGGGCCCACAAGACCCCACAGUGUUUCAUCAGAAACCUUUCUUUUUUUUAAAAAACAAAGCAAACAGAAUGCCAAAUACUACAGCACUGAAGCAGAAGCAGGACUUUUUUUGUGUGUUACAUCAUUAAUGUACCCAUUGAACCAAACCACCAUAACUGUGAGACCAUUCCAGUCAUAAGCCUCAUCAGAGCCAAGAGCCUCUAAAUUAUCAUCAACAAAUCAAGUUAUUGGACACCCCAAGCAGCUUUAUCAAAGCUCUAACAGCCGUUAUUCAUAUUUCAGAGACAUUUCUAGAAAUGUUCAGAUACACACAAGGCUCCUUAUAUAUUUUUCAAUCUUGUUGCCUUGACAACACUUCUGGGGCUUUCCCUGUUACCAAGGAGACUGCUGUAAAGCUUUCGAUGAAGAUGCUGAAGGAUGUUGGGAUACCCAAAGACAGGGAGAAACUGAGCUGAAAACAAAAAACAGAACUACUGAAGAGGACUGGGGAGAGGAGAAAGUCAGAUGCUUCUGGCUUUUGGUCUCUGAAAAUAUAAAGUUGGAAACAUGACUUUUAAACUGGACACACAAUUUUGAUGCAGAACAAGAACUAUUUUGGCUUAUACUGCACCUGUUCUGGUUACACAGGUAGCAGUUGUGCCUGGUCAUCCUGUCGAUGUGCCCAUCAGUUUUAUUUGAAUAUAUGUAAUUAAUAGCAUUGGUGGCCUGCAGCACAUGCUCAUAUUGGGAUGCGCUCUGUGGUACUUGGUAUUUAAAAAAAAAUGUUGACAUUUUACUCACUGAAAAUGAUACAUGGAAAUUAGAGUAAAUAAAAUGUUUAUCAUUA